AUGUUCGGUUUCGCAGUUGCUAACAAUCUCAUUGUCGCGCUUGGUGCAGCGGCUAUUGCGUCGUAUUUAUUGGUUGUGCAUCGCCUCCGCUGGCGCCGUUAUGAUGAUAUCCACGCGAAAUUCGAAAGCAAGUUCAAAGAGGGCAAGUUGACUCCUCGCGACGCCCAGGAGAUUAUGCAUGCCUCCGCAUUCUACGACAUGCCUACCCUCAUGACAUACUCUCUGUCGUUUGCGCUUUUCAAAACGUAUGCAAUUCCCAGCAUAUCAAAGAUACUUGCCGGGACACGAGAGUUCACGGACCCGUCAACGGUGUCAAGGCGCUAUGCAGACACCGAAAUCCUUAUAUGUACCUGGAUUGCAUCGCAGCUUCCCGGGAAAUUCGACGGCGAGAAGGAGGAAAAUGUCUCAGAUCCACGAGGCAUGAUUGCUCUGGCCCGCACGAAUUGGCUGCAUUCAAAAUAUUCCAUUAAAAAUGAGGACUACAUUUACACUCUAGCAUUAUUCAUCUUAGAGCCCAUCUCGUGGGCUCGACGAUAUGGGUGGAGACCCCUAUCGCCUAUGGAGCAACAGUCUUAUUUCCUUUUCUGGGUUGAAAUUAGCAAGCGAAUGGAAAUUCGUGACGUUCCCGGAUCCUUGGAUGAACUUAAGGAGUGGACGCAGGCGUAUGAGCAGCAAGCCAUGCUCCCAGCUCAAAGCAAUAACGAUGUCGCGGAAGGAACCACAAAUGAGUUGCUACACGCUGCUCCAGAAGCGUUCGGAAUUAAGGACUUCCUCAGGAGAAUCACCGUCUGUCUCCUCGACGAGCGUGUGCGCAUCGCCAUGAUAUAUCCAAGCCAACCGUGGUACUUGCAUGUGCUGACCCGAUCCCUCCUGACAAGUGUUAAGUACUUUCAAAAGUACCUGUGUCUCCCGCGCUCCUCUAUGGAUUGUCUGGUUCGUCUGGAAACACCCCCUGGUGAUAGACCUCGCCUUAAUCCAACUAGGUAUCGCGCAGUGCCAUGGUAUCGUCAGAAGCGCACAGGUAUUCUCUCCCUCCUGGAUAAUUUCCUGGUUGGUGUCGGAUUCCACGACGAUCUUCCUGGUCCAAAGUAUCAUGCUGACGGAUAUCGAAUUGAGGAACUGGGUCCUCCUAAGUUUGAACAAGCCGGUCGAGAAGAGGUCAUGCAAAUGGCUGAGAGGCUUCAUGGAUGCCCCAUCAAGGGGCCAUGGUCUUUACAACCGGAACACUAA